AUGGCGCCGCAGCCCCCGCCCGGAGUGGACAUAGAGGCGGAGGACGAAAAGCUCCGCGAAGCUGUGGCUCGAGGGGCCCAGGAGGCCCAAUUGGCUCGAGCACUGGAGAGUGGGGGUGACGCCGGCCCGAGCGGCGUUGUAACGGCCGCUCGGGCUGACGCCGAGGAGGAGGCCGGCCGGGGCGGUGCGGAUGACGCCACCCGGCCGGACGUCGAAGUCGAGGCCGGUAGGGGCGACGCAGAUAGCGCCGCCCAGCAGGUCGCAGGAGGAGGAGCUGGUGGGGACGCAUUGGAGCGCCCCACUAGCCAAAGAGAGGAGGAGACCCCCACCCCCGAGACCCCGAGGGUUGGGGUCGAGGGUGUCAUAGAGGAGUCGGCGCCAGGGGCGCUGGUGGUGGAGGAGUCCCGCGUCCCAGAGCCUGCGACGUGCGCCGACCAGAUUGCCGAGUUUGUGUCGGCCUCCGAGGAGGUGCUCAGCGCGGGGACGCCCGAGGGGCCCCGUCAUGGGACGAUCAUCCAGUCUGGGGUCCCCUUGGAGUUUAUCUGCAACGAGCGGGAGGAGGAAGCGGCCUGGAAGGCACAGUAUGAGGUCAGCUCUCAGAUUCAGGGCAACCUCGACCGCGCCUUGCAGCUUCAUAGGACCACGGACUUCCAGAUCAGCAAGUGGCUGAGGGAAAUCUCGCGCAACAAGAGCGCCGAGCUGACCCGGUUGUACUCCCAAGUGCGCUGGCAUGGGCAGUACAACACCGACUUGGUGCUCCGGACGAUCAAUGCCAACACCCUGGUGACCAACCUGGGAGCGCGCCAGCGUGCGCUAGAGAAGGAGCAGGCGCAGACCGCCAGCGAGUGCAAUGCCCAAAGGGCCGCGGCAGAGCAGAGAGCCCAGGAGGCCGAGGCGCGAACUGGUGAGCUGCAGCAAGCUAGGACGGCGCUCGAGCAGAAGGAGGCCGAGCUCCAGCGCAAGGAGGCCAAUCUCCAAGGUAAGGAGGCCGAGCUUCAGCGCGAGAAGGCGACCGUCGCCAUGCUCAACGUGACCCUCGCAGAGAGGGAUGCGGCCCUCGCGAAGAAAGAAACGGCAGUGCGUAACGCCGAGGCCGCCCUCAAGGAGAAGGAGGACUCCUUGUCCGCGCACCAGGAAGCCGCACAGCUGAAGGAGGCGGUGGCAAACGAGACCGCGGUGAAGGAAGCUGCCAACACCGCGUUCACGGUGGCGCACGACAAGUACACGGAGCUGGAGCGGACCGCCGUGGCCGUGUGUCAGGAGCUCGAGGGGGCAGGUGCUCAAUCCGGUAGUUCGGUGGUCAGCCGCCUGCGAGUGCUAGGCGGUCAGAUCGCCGAGCAUGCCAAGAGCAACUUCCGCCUCGGCGUCCAACGAGCCCUCGCCGUGGCUUCGACACACUAUGCCAUGGACCUCCAGUUGGUGUCGUCAGGGUACGUCGUCCCGACCGGCGCAGAUGCGGACACUGCGUCGGCUAUCAUAAAUGACGCCGACGCUGCCGUCGAGGAGUUCGCCGCUGCCUUGACCAAGAAGCUCGAGGCUGACAUCCCCCCGAUAGCUGAUUUCGACGCUGUUGAAGACCCGCAGAGGGGGGAGGAUAACCUGUAG